GCUACAUUCCAACCCACAGAAUCUUGAAAACUUCUCCACCUCUAAGGUUUAUAUUAACUGUAGUUUAUCUGAUAAAGAAUAAUGUUGGUUGCAUGAAUAACAAUUAACGAUCAUGUGGUUCCUUGGAUUCUCCACAACAAAUCGAAGAAACUUAUGGAUUAUUCCAGCAAUUGUACUGGUGAUUCUUGUCACCGUGAUGUUGAGGAAGUUUGCAGUGUACCUGGAAGCUCAGGCAAGAACUGUAGCCACGAACAAGGAGACACCUCAAACAGACUUGGAGAAAGGACAAGAUCAUUUGGUUUCCAGGAAAAUAUUUACUAUGUGUUGCACUGCUGGUGUUGUUAGAACAUAUGCUCUUGAAGAGCUGAAGAUGGCUACUAGAGACUUCAAAAUUCGGAUAGGGGUUGGAGCCACUUCUCUUGUGUAUCUUGCUGAGCUUGGAGAUGGAAGAUUUGGAGCUGUGAAGAGAGUCAUGGAGGAGAGAGGUGGUAGCAGAAAGAUCUUCUUGGACGAAGUCUCGGUUUUGCUCAGGAUUUCUCAUCCUAAUUUGGUGGGAUUGUUGGGUUUCUGCUUGGAGAAAGGAGAGCAACUUCUACUACUCGAAUACAUUCCAAACAAGAGCUUAUUUGACAGACUGCACACCUACUAUGGCCAAUCACAAGGAACACUUUCAUGGUCCAAUCGUUUGAGCAUUGCUCUUGACAUUGCUCGAGCCCUUCAAUACCUCCACUCAAUGGCUGACCCACCUAUUAUCCACAGAGAUAUCAAGUCCUCUAACAUUCUCUUGAUUGACAAUAACCAUGCCAAGCUUGCAGAUUUUGGGCUUUGCAAGCUGGGCCAUGACUCACUUGGCCCGCAAACUCCAACCACCAUCAAAGGCUCGUUUGGUUACGCCGACACCAAUUACCUCAAAACUGGACUCGUUUCACCGAAAAGUGAUGUUUAUAGCUUUGGAGUGUUACUUCUCGAGCUAAUAACCGGGCUUAAAUCAACACAAGGUUCAGCAACACUAGCUGAAUGGACAGAGGAGUGCAGGAAAAAAGAUGAUUCAGAGGUUUUGGCUCAAAUGUUGGACCCAAAACUUAAGGGUGAUGCUGAUUUAGAGCAACUAAGAGUGAUGGUGGACAUAACAAACUCUGCUUUAGCUGAGAAUUGUGAAGCUAGACCAGAUAUGAGCACCAUUGUUGACAGGAUUAUGAGUUGUAUGGAACCUCCAUCUCAUCCUGAGUCACCUGUAUAG